CACAAACCCUCACAAAGGUUGAGAGAGAGAGACCUAGGGCGCGGCAACAAUGGUGUCGCUGAAGCUCCAGAAGCGGCUCUCUGCGAGCGUGCUCAAGUGCGGGAAGGGGAAGGUGUGGCUCGAUCCCAAUGAGGUCAACGAGAUCUCCAUGGCCAACUCUCGCCAGAAUAUUCGUAAGUUGGUGAAGGAUGGGUUCAUUAUUAAGAAACCAAUGAAGAUUCAUUCAAGGUCGCGUGCACGCAGAGCACAUGAAGCCAAGCAAAAGGGUCGUCAUUCUGGAUAUGGUAAACGCAGGGGUACGAGAGAGGCUAGGCUUCCAACUAAGAUUCUCUGGAUGAGGAGAAUGCGCGUUCUCAGGCGUUUGCUGCGCAAGUACCGCGAAGCAAAGAAGAUUGACAAACAUAUGUACCACGAUAUGUACAUGAAGGUCAAGGGUAAUGUCUUCAAGAAUAAGAGGGUACUUAUGGAGAGCAUUCACAAAUCAAAGGCUGAGAAGGCGAGAGAAAAGACUCUCUCUGAUCAGUUUGAGGCUAAGCGGGCUAAGAGCAAGGCGAGCAGAGAAAGGAAGAUUGCCCGGAGGGAGGAAAGGUUGGCUCAGGGUCCAGGGGAACGACCAGCUGCUGCAGCACCUGCUCAAGCAGCCGAGGCACCUAAGAAGGGAAAGAAGUGAAGCUUGAAAGCAUGAGUAGUAUCAGACCACCUAUAUCAGAUCUUUUUUGAAUUUUGAACUUUGUAUUCGUUUCCUUUAGCUGUUUGUUCUAUCAGACCCUUGUCCUUAACUUUUUAAGUAGCUCUCCGAAGACUUGUGUAUUAAUUAUUUUUCAAAUUUUGUGCUUGAAUAUGACUAUGUUUACAUUGUUUCUCCGCCGAGUUGACACUAGUUGUGGUUUCAAUCUAGGGCGUUGGCAUAUUUUGUUUU